AGUGGCGAGAGAGAGAGUGAGAGAGAGAGCGUCAGCGAACGAACAAGUGCAACAGAGAGAGAGAGAGAUGGCACCAGUGUGGACAAAAGAACAGCCGGCCACGACAGAGGUCCAUAAGGUCGCAGAUGAGGUGAAAUCCGACGCGGAGAGUCACAUCCACGCCUUAGAGCAGAUAUUCGUCGCGAAAACGUACCGUGAGCAGGACCAGACCAUCAUGCUGGGGAAACUUCUGCUGAUCAAGGUCGAUAUCGGAAACCCCAACAACUUCGUCCACAUGGAGGUGUUCGUUCCCAGUAACAAACUGCCAGUUCUGGUGGCGAUCCAGGAAAACUUCAGUAACUGCGCUCCGCUGGAACCCUUGGUCUGAGAAACGAGAGUUUCCUGACCGAUGCCAACCCCUCGCUGUGCUUGCGGCCCACCCCUCGGGAAUAUUCCCCUCCCUCCAUACAAAGCUCGUCACACGGGGUAGUUGGGACACCCUUCAGCUACCCACAGUUUAAUGCGGGGUUUGGUUCUUCCUGUCCACAGAUCCCAGACACACACCCACCUCCCCCCCCCGCCAACUCACCGACACGUCCCGCGCUCCCGGAAUACCAGCAGACCCACCUCUCCAGCUCGCUGAGGCCACCUGAACCGUCAGCUGUUCGACGCACAAGCUUUUCGCUAAUAAAACGCGUUGAUCCGAUUGGUCGUCUGGUCGUCUAUAACCAUCCCCUCUUUCGGAUGCUGGGGGCGGGGGCAACGCUGCGGGGCAGCU